AGAGAAAGAAAGAGAGAGAGAGAGAGAGAGAGGCGCGCCUACCCACGCGCAGCAGAUAAGCCUCGUGAACGCGCACAGUAAAGUUUGAUCAUCAGUCACUCACCGACAGCCGUGCGCGUUCACGCCCCACAUUUUGGAGAUGUCGGUGCCGUCUCCGGAAAAGUAUUUUGACUCCUAAAGAAAAGAAAUCCAACUAAAACAGGAGAAAAUGUUUAGAUGAGCGGCCAUCCAUAAUCGACCUCGGACAAUCAGCCGACCCUGAUUGGACUCUCUUCUUCGCCAACGAGACGCUGCCUGCAGCCGCUGUGGGAGCCGGAGUCGCCAUGGAGACAGUGGUGAUCGUGGCCAUCGGGGUGUUGGCCACCAUUUUCCUGGCCUCCUUCGUCGCCCUGGUGGUGGUGUGCAGACACCGCUACUGCCACCCUCACCACCUGCUCUACCACUUUGACUCCAAGUCAGUGAAUCUUUACAAAGCUUUUAACUUCUAUCAGGAUUUAAGACCCACAGUGGAUCUGAUCGGAGCCAUGGAGACCCAGAGCGAGCCGUCGGAGCUGGAGCUGGACGACGUGGUCAUCACCAACCCUCACAUUGAAGCCAUCUUGGAGAACGAGGACUGGAUAGAGGACGCCUCUGGAUUGGUCUCUCACUGCAUCUCCAUCCUAAAGAUCUGCCACACUUUGACUGAAAAACUGGUUGCCAUGACAAUGGGUUCAGGGGCAAAGGUAAAAGCACCUGCCAGCCUGAGUGAUAUCAUCAAUGUGGCCAAACGCAUCAGCCCGAGGGUGGACGACGUGGUCAGGUCCAUGUACCCGCCACUAGAUCCAAUCCUCCUGGACGCCAGGGCCACCGCUCUCCUCCUUUCAGUCAGCCACCUGGUGCUGGUCACCCGCAACGCCUGUCACAUGUCCGGCAGUAUGGACUGGAUCGACCAGUCGCUCAACGCGGCCGAAGAUCACAUGGUGGUUUUGCGUGAAGCGGCGCUGGCCUCCGAACCGGAUCGAUUCAUGCCUGGAGCUGACGCACAGAGAGAACAGGCCAUCUAGACAUCUGAACACAGA